UGAUUGUAAUACUACAACGGUGUAAUUAUCAGAACCAGAAAUCCGAUAGCAGUUCUUAUUUUAAAUUAUUUAUAUAUUUAAAGGAGAAGUCAUUCGACUUAUUGAUGUCAUUAUAGACGAUCAUCUAAACACCCGGGAAGACAAUUUUUGAACGUAUCAAAGGUUUUUGUAAAAUUUUCCGCUACAUCAAGUGAUCUUUCUAUUUUUUUUAAUUUUUUGUGUUCCUUCUUCAACGAGUAUACAGAACUGAAACAGAAUGGCUGGAAAAGUUGGACUUGAACAAGGGCCUUUGGAUGCUAGAAGUUUAGAAGUUGCCGAAAAAGAAUUACGUGAAACUCCAGAACAAGUACAACAAUCUCUUGCUGAGCUCAAAGAAUUAUUGGCAGCUGACACAACGCUCCGUUUCGAUACAAGCGAUGAUUUUUUGAUAAUGUUUUUGAGGCCUACAAAGUUCUACGCCAAGAGUGCAUAUGAUCUGUUGAAAAGAAUCGCCGAUUUUCGAAAAAGUCAAGCAGAUAUACUGAAAGGUGUCUCACCGUUGGCUGAAAAGGAUGCAUUUUUAAACACCAAAGUACUGAAUGUAUUGGUCGAUCGGGAUCAACACAGAAGAAGAAUUUUGACCAUGAAUAUUGGAGAUGCAUGGAAUCCUUCAACAUUAGACACUGAUCAUUUCUUUCGGGUGUUGUAUUUAAUUCAUUUCGGAGCUAUGAUGGAACCUAUGACUCAAGUUCAUGGAGCUGUUAUCAUUAUGGAUUUCAAUAAUUUGGGAUUCAAACAAGCUAGAGCUUUCACCCCUACGUUUGCUUUUAGACUUUUGACUUUUAUACAAAAAGCUAUGCCUAUUAGAUUAAAGGCGAUACACAUCGUCUUCCAGCCUAUGCUAUUCAAAAUGAUCUGGCAAUUAUUUAAACCUUUAAUCGAAGAAAAACUUAGCAAAAGAAUAUUUUUCCACGGUAAAGAUAUGAAAUCGUUACACAAACACAUUGAUCCGCAGUGUUUACCAAGAGUUUAUGGUGGUGAAAAAGGCGAAAUUGACUACGGUAGUGCUGAAUGGUUUGCCAUAUUUGCUCAGCACGAUGAGACAGUCAAAGAAUGGCAGUCAUAUGGUUAUAUAUAGUGAAAAAUACUAAUUUCACGUCACGUCUUUCGAUUUGUAACAUCAACGAUCACUUUUGAUGGAUAUUUUUAAAAGACAGUAACUCUUUUAUGAUUUUUACGAAAUCUAUACUUAUAUUAUUAUUCUUAUUACUUUCAUGUCUCCGAUUACUGGAAGGCAAUAUCAUUGUAUAAAUAUGUAGAGUAAGCAUGUGAUAUAAAUAUUCAAACAUUCCUCAAGAUACAUACAAAGCGAAACAAUAAUUCAACAAA